AGCCAUUUCAAGCUACUAAAAAUUGACGCAUCGUGCAGCCAACACUGUCGUGCUCCAAUGUCGAUUCCAGCGAUUCCGGUGAUUCUAGUGGCAGGCGUUGCCGUGGGAGCUGCAAGUUUCCAGAUCAUUUCCAUCAGUGUUCUGGUGCUCGUUUUGCUCUUGUGCGGUGCAAUCAUGACAUGUUUCAUUGUGGGACAGCGUUCAGUGCACUUCUUGGGGCAAGAUGAACAAUUGCUGGUGGAAGGUUUCACCGGAAUGUAUGUGCAAAAUGGGCCUGGCACCUUCAUCUUGAAUCCAUUUACCCACCGAUCAGCUUCAGUCCGUAAAGCAGAAACUUUGGGCACAAUGGACUAUCUGAAGGUGCGCCAUGCGGUCGAAGGAAAAGAGCGGAUAGAAAAGGGGCCCCAGCUCUUUUUCCUUGCGCCCUACGAACAGAUCGUUGAGAGGUCCAAAGGAUUGAGUCUUGGCAGUACGGAAUAUGCACUGAUCAAGGACUUGCUCACAGGCGAGCGGCGUAUCAUCAAAGGGCCUUGCAUGUGGUUUCCUGGGCCUCAUGAGGAUGCACAACGUGGAGCCGCAGUUAGCUUGAGCCGCACAGAAUAUCUGAUUGUUGAGGACCAGCUGACCGGCGAAAAGGCGACCGUGAAAGGUCCUACAGUAUGGUUUCCUGGACCCUUUGAGCGAAGUGGUAGCAAAAUGACAGCUAUCGCCUUGCAAGAUGAUGAGUACAUCAAGGUCAAAGAUACGUCUUCUGGAAAGAAGUGGGUACAACAGGGUAAAGCACUCGUGUUUCCAGAGCCCACCUGGCAAGUGGAAGGCGGUGUUCGCCAAGCAUGGGCCCUGAAGUCCUACGAGUACGUGCGCCUCGUCAACAAAGUCACUGGAAAGGUUGAAUCUCAUCGCGGGGAACAAACCGUUUUUCCAGGACCUGAUGAUGAACUUUUAGAUGGACAGGUUAUGCAGCUCAUUGACUUAAAGGUACAUGAGUACGUCAAGAUCCUGGACCAAUCCACUGGUGCAAUCCGAGUCGAAUCUGGCAGCCAAGGAAGCAGCAAGCAAGUCUUCCUUGGACCCCAUGACAAGGUUCUGGACAAUGGCAAAAAGAAGGCGGUGGAAAUUGAUGGUGAGCAUGCGGUGCUGGUGCGAGACAAGAGUUCUGGGCAAGUGCGCUUGGUCACGGAAAAGCAGCUCUUCAUUCCUGGGCCGAAUGAAUCCAUUGAGAAGGUGCAAGAUUUGGUCAAAUUGGCAGAUCAUGAAGCCCUGAUUGUGAAAAACAAGGACGGUGAGUUCCAAUACUUCUAUGGCAGUGAUGAAAAGAGGGCAGCAGGACAGCCACGAUCAUUCUUCUUGGAACCAUAUGCAGAGAUAGUGAAACUAUGCUGGAGCAAGGGCAGACGGCGAGAAACACGAAAUCUCUUCAUCGAGCGAUUCGACUGCAGGGCUCAAUUUAUGUCCUUUGAAUUCAAUUGCAGAACCUCAGACAAUGUCAAACUGAUCCUGGAGGGCACUUUCUUUUGGGAAGUGGUUGAUCUUCCUGCUAUGGUCAAGAGUACCGGAGAUACCAGUGGUGAUCUCUGCAAUCAUGCAAGAUCGCAAUUUAUUCGGCAUGUUGCCAGGGUGACUCUCAAGGAAUUCAUGGACAGUUCACAUGCGAUCGCCAAGAAAGUCUGGGAGGAGGACACCAGUUUCUAUGCAUCUCGAGGCGUGAAGAUCCAUUCACUGGAGGUGACCCGCUAUCAAUGUGCGGACUCGAGGACCUCUGAAAUUCUCGAACAGAUCAUUCAGGAGACAACCAACAGGAUGAAUCGACUUUCUCAGGCCGAAAGUGAGAACGAGGUCAGCCUUUUCCGAACACACGGGCAGAUUGAGCAAGAGCGUCUCAACGGAGAUUUGCUGGCGAUCAAGCAUAAGCAUUCCGAAGCAGAGGCUGAAGUGGUCGGACGUGCUGAAGCCAACAAAGUUGCAGCUUUCAUCGCUGGCCUUGAAGCCAAGGUGCCAAAGCUUGAUGACCGAAUCUCGCUCUGGCAGGUCUUGCGCAAAAACGAAGCAUUGGCCAACAUAUCGGAGGGCAAUGCAAGCUUGUACUACACCCCUUCUGAUGUGGACUUGUCCAUAGAGACGAAAAAAUAAGAAAAAAACGAUGCAGUUUGACUCAGCGGACGGUUCUAGCUGGUAUAGAAUCGUGAUGAUCUUUUCAAUUUAAUGUACCGCAUGAAGCGAGUUCACAAGCCACAGGGGCACAGCAGCUCCAUGCAGUAAUCCGCUGCUGGCGACCCUUACGGGGUGGCGCUCGCUUCAGCCGCUUGAAGACCAAGCGAAGUGUUUAUAGCUCGAUGCAGCGUGCACCAUGUACAGGCUUUGGUGAGUGUAGGAAACCUUGUGCUGCUUUGAGAAGGAAGAACUGCUCUCAUAAUAUGAGGUGAUGACAGGAACAG